UCUGUUCAGUCGUACGAAUUUCUUGCAGAGCUCCACGAUUCGACGCGCGCCGGAUUACCCAGAUAAGGAUUAACGUCUCCAAUGUCUGAUUUCUCCUUCUCUAUCCUCUUUGCUUGAACACAUAUUUCCAAUUUUUUGUUCAAACGUUGGAUUUUCGUUCUGCGAUUCUCUCUGAAUCGUGGAAUUGUUUCAUACUGAGAGAACAACAUCGUUUCUUUUUUGUGCGAUUUUGAGUUUUGUCGUUGAUUAUGGGAACCUCCGUCUGUAACAUUCUCUAUCAAAUUCAUCCAAAACAGCCGCUGGUUAAUGGAACUGCAAGGAGUUCGUAUUCCUGUUACUGUAGAGGCUUAACUGGGCGAAGACUCAGAGUUUUAAGUCCUCGCAGAACGUGUUAUCAAUUGGCUACUGUUGCCGCCAUUGUUGAGGAAGUUCACAAGUUAGAGAGUGGAAGAGAGAAACCGAGGUUUCGGUGGGUGGAGGUAGGCUCUGAUAUUACUGAAAUGCAAAAGCAGGCUAUAUCUCAGCUUCCUCCCAAGAUGACUAAAAGAUGUAAGGCUGUGAUGAAGCAAAUUAUCUGUUUUUUGCCUCAAAAUGGUCAUUUAUCAGAUAUGUUGGCGGCGUGGGUGAGGAUUAUGAAGCCUAAAAGAGCUGAUUGGCUUUCAGUUCUUAAGCAUUUGAGAAUUUUGGAUCAUCCACUUUACAUCGAGGUGGCAGAAGCUGCUCUUGUAGAGAGAACGUUUGAAGCCAGUACUCGGGACUACACAAAGAUAAUUCAUUACUAUGGGAAACAAAACCAACUCGAGGAUGCUGAAAGAAUUCUCUUAAGCAUGAGAGAAAGGGGUUUUGCUUGUGAUCAAAUAACAUUAACCACAAUGAUCCACAUUUAUAGCAAGGCUGACGAACUUAAUCUGGCAAAACAAACUUUUGAAGAGCUCAAACUGCUCGAGGAACCGUUGGAUCGAAGAUCGUACGAUGCGAUGAUUAUGGCAUUUGUCCGAGCUGGGAUGCCCGAGGAAGGUGAAAACAUUCUCAAAGAAAUGGAUGAGAAAGACAUAUAUGCAGGAAGUGAAGUUUACAAGGCUUUGUUAAGAGCGUACUCGAUGGCUAGCAAUGCCGAAGGAGCUCAAAGGGUGUUUGAUGCUAUUCAGUUGGCUGCUAUUCCUCCUGAUGAUAAGUUAUGUGGUCUACUGAUCAAUGCGUAUUUGAUGGCAGGCCAAAGCCAAAAGGCACAAAUUGCUUUUGACAAUAUGAGGAGGGCUGGUCUUGAACCUAGUGAUAAAUGCAUAGCGUUGGUAUUGAGUGCAUAUGAAAAGGAGAACAGGCUGAACGCGGCGUUGGAACUUCUCAUAGAUUUGGAGAAGGAGAAGCUCAUGGUUGGGAAGGAAGCUUCAGAAGUACUGGCAGCCUGGCUUAAAAGACUAGGGGUGGUAGAAGAGGUAGAACUUGUCUUGAGAGAAUACGCUGUGAAAGAAGCGAGCGGAUAAGGUAUGAACAACUCAAGCCCACUACUAGUAGAAAUUGUCCGCUUUGGCCUGUUACGUAUCGCCCUCAGCCUCACAGUUUUAGAACGCGUCUACUAGGGAGAUGUUUACACACAGUUAUAAGGAGUGUUUCGUUCCCCUCUCUAACCCAUGUGGGAUCUCACAACCCACCCCCUUGGGGCCCAGUGUCCUCGCUGGCGCACCGCCCGGUGUCUGACUCUGAUACCUUUGUAACAGCCCAAGUCCACCGCUAGCAGAAAUUGUCCGUUUUUGCAUGUUACAUAUCACCGUCAGCCUCACAGUUUUAAAACGCGUCUACUAGGGAUAUGUUUCCACAACCUUAUAAGGAGUGUUUCGUUUUCCUCUCCAACCGAUGUGAGAUGUCACAGGAUAAGGAAGAGCACUGAGAUUAUUAGCAGUCCAAUCACGAGUUAGGCUCAUUUAGGGACGUAGGGAAAUAGCGAGGCACCAAUGCGUUGCAUCGUGGAG